AAAAAGUUAUGGACUUGCAGGAGCAGCCAGGUAGCACUAAGGCGCUGGGGCAAGAGGAUUUUACUGCAGUCCCGCUUGAGCCUGCUCCUUCUCUUCCCUCCUUCUCUCCUCUCUCAGCUGAUCCCUUUAAAGAGCACGCAGCCUUUGGUACCCUCUCAGAUGGAUUUCCUGCAAGAGGCACUUACAAAGAGAGCUCCAGUGAGGUUUAUAAAGAACCUAUGAAAAAUGCCACAAACCCCUUUCUUGCAGAGGGAAAUGAAAAAGACAUUUCUGAGAUGAAAUACUCACAGCCCCCAUUUGCUAAAGAAGCAGCAGCCAUUUUAUCUCCAGCUAAAGAAAAAACACAGCUAGAGGGCCCUGAAGAAUUACCUAACCUGGAGAAAACACCUGCAGAGCAGCUGAAAAUGUCUCCAGAGUCUCCCCAAGAUAUAUUUGAAAGAAACGAGGAAGAUCUCUUCUAUAACAAAGACAAGUACAGAGGAGGUGGUGAUCAUGUUGAAAAAGGGGUGCUGAAAGAAGACCCUCUUAGGAGGGAAGAAUAUGCAGACUUCAAACCAUUUGAGCCAAUAUGGGAAGUCAAAGGUGCUAGUCAUGGACUGAGCAGCAUGAGAGAGGAUGUUGGAAGGAAGAUAGAUGCCAAGCUGGAGAGCAGUUUGGAUGACAAGUAUGGCGUGGGUAAGCUGACUGUGCAGAAGGAUUACGAAAGAGACAGUGAAGGCAGUGCUGAAGAGCCCUCCUUCCCAAGCACCCCAGAAGCUGUAAAAGAACCUUACAUCACUUGUACUAAAUUUGACUCUUCUCCAAGUCCUGGUGGUAACAAAGGCAAAUCUCUUUCUCCACUAGAGGAAGGCAUUUCAGAAAAUAGAACCGACGAUGAGAAAAAAAUUGCAGAACUGAAAGCUCAGACGGGCCCAGAGCAAGGUGAUUUUGCUGCUGGAGCAGGUGGGCAGGAAGGGCAGGGAGCUGACGCUGCUAAAGCACAGGGGGUCCUGCCAGUGACACCUGACAGCACCACAAACAUGCCCGAGGGUCUCACUCCUGACCUGGUGCAGGAGGCCUACGAGAUGCACGAUGCAGCCUGCACAAAGCUGGCUUACGAAACCAAGAUCGAUUUGGUGCAAACCUCGGAGGCGGCGCAGGAGACUCUGAAACCUGCGGCACAAAUCUGCCCCUCCUUCGAAGGCUCGGAGGCCGCUCCGUCGCCCAUAUUGCCCGAUAUUGUUAUGGAAGCACCGCUGAGCACCGGCACUGCUGGGGCAGAGGCAUCUGCUGUGCAGCUGGAAGCUUCCCCACUAGAAACAUUUAUGCCCACUGCCAAGUAUGAGAAUGUAAAAGAGGCUGAAAAACCUCCUGUAUACCAAGAGGCAGUGAAUGUCCCACUGACACAGGCCCAGGAAGCAAAGGAGACAUUGGCGUUUAAGCAACCGGACGAUGAGAGUAGCACCACUCCUGAAGAUCUGGAGACUCCUUAUAUAUCUAUUGCAUGUGACUUAAUUAAGGGAACAAAGGUCUCUGGUGAAUCUCCUUCUCCAUCUUUCACAGAGUAUUCAAAGACACCAGUAGCAGAAAGCAUUUCUCAGGAUGUGCCUGAAGACAAGGAACUAGAUGGAACCCCGUCUCCACAGUUUGGAAAAGCUGGCCUGUUUAAUAGCCAAAUGAUAUCUGACUUUGCUGAGGAAGCAAGUGAAGAUCCAUCUCUCCUCUUAAAAAGUAAAUCCACUGAGAGUAUUGCAACUGAUGAAGAACAUGAGGAGGAAGGACUGGUGGAUUCAGUAGCUGCCACGGGCAAGCCUUAUCUAGAGUCAUUCCAACCCGAGCUGGACUCUUCCAAAAUUGUUGCUGCUCCACCAUCUGAGCCAAUACCUGCAAAAAUAGCCAAGGCAGAUAAGAUUCCUCUUCAAAUGGAAGAGCUGGAUGCUUUGGCUUAUUCAGCUGAUGUAUCUGUUGCUAUGGAACCAAAAACGGGAGAUGACAAAGCUCUCUCACCCAUGGAGUCUUCCCCAGUCUCAGUGGAAGAAGACUUUGUGAUGUUAGGACACCCUAAAGCUGUUCCUGAGUUUGUGACAGAAGCCACUGACCAAGAAACGAUGCACAAAGAUGAAGACAUCAGUAAGGUGAUGCAGGGUGAGAAGCAGCUGCCUUGCCCAGAGCUGCCCUGUGAUCUGUCUGUGAAGAAUGUAGAAGUAAAAGCUGAGGAAGACAGCAAUGCCUUGAAAAAGUCUUUGGAGGCUGUGGACAGAGAAGUGCCUGAAGUAUCCACCAUGUCCUUACCAGCCACAGAUACCUCACCUUUAUCUGCUGAAAAAGAGAUAGUCAGUGUAGUAAAACCAGGAGCUUUUGAGAAGGAAGCUGAGAAAGAAGCUGCUUCUGUUAAAGAAAAGAAAAAACCUACUGCUGUAUUUUCAGCAAAGCUGAAUAAGUCUUCAGUUGUUGACCUCCUUUACUGGCGAGACAUCAAGAAGACCGGGGUGGUGUUUGGAGCCAGCCUGUUCCUGCUGCUCUCAUUAACAGUGUUCAGCAUCGUCAGCGUCACAGCCUACAUCGCCCUGGCCCUGCUCUCUGUCACCAUCAGCUUUAGGAUAUACAAGGGAGUCAUCCAGGCAAUCCAGAAGUCUGAUGAGGGCCACCCCUUUAGGGCUUACCUGGACUCGGAUGUGGCCGUGUCAGAGGAGCUCAUCCAGAAGUACAGCAACGUCGUGCUGGGCCAUGUCAACGGCACCGUCCGCGAGCUGCGGCGCCUCUUCCUCGUCGAUGACCUGGUGGAUUCCCUCAAGUUCGCAGUGUUGAUGUGGGUGUUCACUUACGUUGGUGCCUUGUUCAAUGGUCUGACAUUACUGAUCCUGGCUUUGAUUUCGCUCUUCAGCGUUCCUGUUAUUUAUGAGAGACAUCAGGCCCAAAUCGACCAUUACCUGGGACUUGUGAACAAGAAUGUCAAAGAUGCCAUGGCAAAGAUCCAAGCAAAGAUCCCUGGGUUGAAGCGCAAAACUGAAUAAAAUAAACCUGAAGCAACUUAUCAAUAGGAAAGAAAGUUCAUCUUUUAAGGGGGAAAAAAUACUCAUUGGAUUUACAUGGGGAGGGUCAGGGAAUAGCAAACCCCUUGACAUUGCAGUGCAAUUUCACAGAUCUUUAUUUUUUAGCAACGCAGUGUUUGAGGAAAAAUAACUGUUUUGACUGCCAUGUGUUUCAUCAUCUUUAAGUAUUGUAAGCUGCUAUGUAUGGAUCUAAAACUAAUCAUCUUUCCUUAUCCUGUGUGCAGCACUGGCUAAUACAAACGACUGAGACAGCUGUACAUUUGCUUCAGCAGAGGUAGUUCCUGCUGCGUGCCGGAGGUGUAGAGCAGGUGGGGCAGAGGAGAACACUUCCCAGUUUGUGCACUGUGUAUGGUCUGUGUAGAUUGAUGCAGAUUUUCUAAAAUGAGAUGUUUUAGAAGAAUAUACCAGUUUAGCAAGUUUUGAAAAAUCUUGCCUUUUUGGUAUGAGUAUAGCUGUAUUGUGAUUUUGUUUUAUCAAUUGCCAAUAUAUAUAUAUAUAUAUAUAUGUGUUUCACAAAGCUUAGAUCUUUCAGCUGCUCCACAGUGCUUUGUACUUCAGAGAACUGACUGAGGCCUGGACGAGCUCCAGAGCACACAAGCUUGAGAAACUAAAAAGUCUCUGUAAACACUGGCAUCUGUUGGAAACAACAAAAGAGAAAUGAACAAAGAACCUCCACACAGAGUAAAAGAAACUUACAGCAUACACUUUGUUGCACAAACGUACAGUAGUUGAUCUUGAGCAAAUAAUUCUCCAGCUUUCAGACUCUGAUAAUCUGUGGACCGAGUAUCUAAUGCUGCAAAUGUUGUUUGGAAACUUAAAGCCCUGUCCUGUUAUGCAAGAAAAUGAUAAGUGAAAAUUUAUACACUUGCAGUUUGAGCUGUACUGAACUAAGUCUGUGGAAUGCAUUGUGAAAUGUAAAAAAAUCCCAACAAAAAAGGAAAAAAAAAAACCAACCCCAAAACCCCAAGUAUCAAUAAAGCUUAUAGACAUAAAAUGA